AUGCACGCUCCAUUAGGUAACCCAAAUAGACAGCUAGCCUGUGCGGAACUGAUAGAAGCAUUAGAAGAAUGUCACGCAAAAGGAAUGAUGGCUCGUCUGACAGGUGCAUGCAACGCUCAGAAAUCAGCCUUGUCCAUGUGCUUGAGGAAAGAGAGGAAAGAUCGUGAAGCUCGAAAUCACGAGUCUGCAAAAUUACGUACGAUAAAGAAGAAGCAGGUCUGGGAAGAGCUGGAGAAAGAAAAGGCUCAGGAGGGUUUGUAA